AACUUAACUUAACUUAGGGAGCUAGAUCAGAUUAAAUCGCAGCGAUGAGAUAUAGGCGUCAAGAUUAGAUUAGAUUAGGGUGCUACGCAUUGUGCGAGGCUUGAGUGAGGCUCACCGACAUCCUUCACCCGUAUCGUCUCCUCGCCCAUCAUCUCCUCUAUAGGGUUACAAACCAUUCCAUCUGCAUAAAUAUCUGAUAAAAUUGUUGUAGAAAUGGCACCAAAGGGCGGAAAUGCGAAGAAGGAGUCCGGGAGAGCGAAGAAGGCGGAGAACGAGGCGAAGAAGCAGGAGGCUGCAGCUGCAGAGAAGGAGCACCGUGAGGCCGAGAAGUGGCAGGACGGCCCAAAGUCAAACAAGAAGGUCGAGGAUAAGGAGGAGAAGCGCAAGGCCGAGCUUGCGCGGAAAGCAGAGAACGCUCGCAUUCUGGCUGAAGAGGAAGCAUCUGCGCCCAAAGCCAAGGCCUCGCCCAAAGCGGGCGCGAAGAAGGCUGCAUCCAAAGCCGCACCGAAGCCCGCAGGUCCUGGUGCAAUCGCUGCUGGUGGAGGUCUCGGACCUAGCGUCGCAGACGUGCCGAAGGAAGAACCAGAGAGCUUUUCAGCUACCGGCAUUGACAAUGCUUUGGACCUGAUGGAGACUGUCACUGCCAAGAUGGACAAGGCGAGUGUCGGACAGCGGGCUGCUGGUAUCGAGCAACAUCCAGAGAGACGGUUCAAGGCGGCUUUCGAAGCAUACAAAGAGCAGGAGCUCCCGAAUCUCAAGGUGGAGCGUCCAGGGCUGCGCCUCGCGCAAUACCAGGAGGUCCUGUUCAAACAAUUUCAGAAGUCCCCGGACAAUCCAUUCAAUCAGACUGCAAUUUCAUACGACGCAUCGAAGGAGGAGAAGGUCGAAGCCCUCAGGAGGAAGCAGGAAGCGGUCGAGAAUCGCCUCCGCGAUCGGUCUUAGAUGUAUCACGAGCUGCGUUGUUUCACCUUCACAGCAUACUCGCCAUGUUGUAGCCAUCCGUGCGUAAAUGCAUGAAGCGUCAUUGGACCCGAUUCCCCGACAGAUCUGUAGCCAUGCAUCUUGUAUUGUCAUUUAGCAAUGUAUUUUGAUUCUACGCUACCCUCCGU